GGUACCUAGUCCCUUUGGCACGUUAAUGUCAUGAAUGUCGAUGUAUCUUAAGUUGUCUAAUAGCCAGGUCAGGAAUAACAUUAAUUGGUGGAUUAUACAUCAAUUCAGACAAUGUGUAGAAAAUCAUCAAAAAAUGUAAAUGUAUACAUGGUAUAGAGAAGCUGACCUACAAUGAGUUUUGAUAAUCAAGAAACUGACAAAGGUUAUACAGGAGAUGAUGACCAUGAUAAACAAAACAGAAGAAAGAAUUUGUUGGGGAAGAAAACCGAUGGAAAGAAAGGACAGAAAGAUAAAGGAUAUGUCAUGUUUGAUGAAGAUGAUUCUGACGAAUCUUUAGUUACGUCAGAGGAUGUAAAGAGUCCAUCAAAGUUAAAGAAACCAAAAGGAUUCAAGUUUUCUACAAAGAAGAAGGACAAAGACAAGGAUGAAAAGAAAGAGGUGAAAAAAGAAGAAAAAGAAAAGAAGAAAGAAGGGAAAGAGCACAAGAAACAUAAAAAAGAUAAAAAGAAGAACAAACCUGUGGAACAAGUAACAGAUACAUCUAAAGAACCAGAGAAAGCCAUAUUUGGAGUACAACUAACCCUGGCCGUGGAGAGGAAUAGAUGUUAUGAUGGAGUAGAACUCCCAGCUAUGUUCAGGGAAUGUAUUGACUAUAUUGAGGAACAUGGGUUAUCUUGUGAAGGGAUAUACAGAAUUUCAGGUGUGAAGUCUAAGAUCCAGCUCUUAAAGGACUGUUAUAACAAGGGUCUGCCUGUGUUUCUAGAGGAACACGAACCUAACAUUGUGGCCAGUCUACUGAAACAGUUCCUUAGGGAGUUACCAGAACCUGUUCUUACAACAUGGUUGAUGCCAAAGUUUGAGGAAGCUUCAAUUCUGAAAAGUGAAAAGGGUAAAGUUGAAAGGUUCCAUAAACUGAUUCAUGAUUUACCCAAACCUAAUAGAAUGUUGUUAUCCUGGAUGAUAGUGCAUAUGACACAUGUCAUUGAGAGGCAAAAAGAGAACAAGAUGAGUUUACAGAAUGUCUCCAUAGUACUGAGUCCUACCAUGCAGAUCAGUCACAGGGUGUUAAAUGUUCUCUUUUCACAUGUGAAACAAUUGUUCAAACAUACAGAACUCAAAAAGUACAAGCCACCCAUCAAACCAGCCCAUUCCAAGUGGUCACUAGAGCUACCAGAUAGUCCUGCACAGCUGGAGGAAGAGCUACUUAAACAGGAAUCUUUACUGAACAGUUUACAUGAACAGUUAAGAACUGGAAUAUCUGACCAAGACAAAGAAGAACAACUUUGGGAAGUACAAAGAGUUGUAACUCAACUGAAAAGAAAGAUAAAAAUGGCAAGAAAAGGAAGUGAUAUAAAGGAGAAAAGAAAAUCUGAUGAUGUUAAAAAAUCAAAAACAUCACAAGAUGAAGAACUUAAAUUAGAAUUGAAGGAAAUCCCACAUAAAAAACAAGCACCUCAACCUCCAUCUGAAACAGCUGGUGAUCAUAAACUAGACAAAGUUGAAGAACAGAAUGAAGCUAGUCUGAAUGACGAUGAGAAAAUGGAAGAGACAUUUAAAUCUAUAGGUGAUGCAGCCCAGACACAAGUUACAGUUGCUGUUAUUGAGCAAAAUAAGAAUGAAGAAAAUGAUGAGUCUGAGAAAGUAGAAGAAUCUCAUGUUGUAGAUGAAAACAUAAAAGAUCAGCAAGAAGUUGAAGAAAAGACUGAAGAAAUAACUGGUAGUGAGGAAAAAUUUGAAGAAAAACCUCCAGAAAUGACUGUUAUUGAGGAAAAAUUUGAAGGAAAACCUUCAGAAAUGACUGUUAUUGAGGAAAAAGAUGAAGUGGAAGAUAAUGAAGAUGUGUCUGAAAACCAGUCUGAAGAUAAAAAGAUUGAAGCAGAAAAGGUACAGACUGUUAGUGAAAUAGGAGAAAAGGCUGAAGAGGCAGAGCAGUUACCAGGAAAUGAUGAAGAGAAACAAAAAUCUGCUCAAAGUUCAGAUGAUGAAUUUGAGCAACAGGUAGAAGAUAUCUUAGAGCAACAAAAAGAUAUACAGGCUAGAGAGUUCAGUGAAGACAGUGAUGCAGGAACAAUAGAGGAGGAUGUAGAUGUAAGGGAGAUAAACAAGGAAACAUCAACAGAAUCUACAGUUGAUGCAGAUGCCACAGAUUCUACUGAGGCAGUUCAAGAUCUUAAAGAGGAAGUUCAGGAUGAAGUGAAAUCACAUCUCCCACAACAGUCCCUAACUGAACAAGUGACUACUGCUGAACAAGAUGUGGCUGAGUUUAUAAAUGUUCAGGAGUCUGACACUGUGUUCAUGGAGGAAGAUGAAGAAUUGGUUGAACUACAAGAAGAAGAACACAGAGUAAAAUUGGAGGAGGAAGAACUUAUAGCUAUUGAGGGUGAACUCAGAACCAAAAUAGAGACGGAGAAGAACGAGAUAGAUAGAUUACAACAAGAGAUUACAGAGUUACAAUAUCUACGUCAGGACUCAGACCUGGAGGAGUACAGCUCUACAUCAGACUCCAGCUCUGAUAGUGAGGAUGAGGAAGAUCUACAAGAAAUACUCAAUGAUCUGUUGGAGGACAAUGAAUCGCUAGAGAAGAAGAAUGCUGAUUUGUGCAAUAAAAUUCAUGAAGAAAGGAUGAUUUGUUUAGCAGUCAAAGUUCAAAUACGAAUGUUGCAGCAAAAACAAUUGGAAAGUUCUGGAGAUUUGGAGAAAGACUUAUUAUGGUGAUUUUUAUGUUCAGAAUAAGGGUAUAUAUAUGUAUAUGUCACUGAUUGGGCAUAGAAGAACGUUGGAAAGGUGCUCCAAGCAUUCUAUAAGAGGCAUUAGUAGUAAAUACUGUAAAACUAAAAUGAUUAUUUAUUAUUGUGACUCAUUUACAACCAUCCUUAAUGAAAGAUUAGGUAAUGUAUAUUUACUUAAAUAUGUCAUGUCCAAAUGUUUAAUUUGUGGUUUUCAAUUGGUAAAAAGAAAUUCAAUGUGGUGUUGUAACUAAUUUUCAUAGCAUAUGAAAACAGGUUACCAUUUUGAAGUAUGUGUCACCAUUCAUGUAUGGUAAUCUACGUGUAAAUCCUUUACUAUCUGAUUAAUUCUAUUGGGUAUUAAUCAUUAUUUAAUAUGAAUAUAUAUCUAUACUAACUUUAAAUAGAAGAGUUGAAUGCAGGUUUGGUAUGGUCAGUAAGUUUUCAAAAAUAAGUUAGCAAUUGACGUAACAUAUUUAAAGCAAGAAGCAUGUCUACACUACAUGCAUUUUUUUCCAAAAUCUGAAUGCUGCAUGUUCUUGAUAAAAAACAUUAGGUAGUAGGACAACACUAUCAUAAAAAGAAAGUGGAGUUUUUGUCGAGUCUGCGACUUUUGCCGCAAAAGCGACACAUAGCGAUCCUACAUGUCAUCGGCGGCGGCGGCCACAAAUAUUCACUCUGUGGUUAAAGUUUUUAAAAUUUUAAUAACUUUCUUUAACUAUCCUGGAUUUCUACCAAACUUCGACAGAAGCUUGUUCAUGAUCAUAAGAUAGUAUCCAGAAGUAAAUUUUGUAAAAAAAAAAUCCUGUUUAUCCGUAUUUUACUUAUAAAAUGAAAUGGACUUAGUUUUUCUGCCAGUUAAAAUUACAUUCACUCUGUGGUUAAAGUUUUUAAAAUUUUAAUAACUUUCUUAAACUAUCCUGGAUUUGUACCAAACUUGGACAUAAGCUAGUUUAUGACAAAAGCUAGUAUCUAGAAGGAAAUUUUGUAAAAAUUUAUUUCAUGUUUUUCCGUUAAAGUUAAAGUUUUUAAAACAUUUUUUAGAUUCAUAAACCAUCCUGGAUUUUUUGCAAACUUGGAUGGAAGCUUCUUACAAUCAAAAGAUAGUAUCUAGAGGAAAAUUUUUUAUAAUUUUUUCCCCUUUUCUUAUGAGCCUGCGACUAACAGCAAAAGUAGGCGAGACUCUGGGUUCUGCGGAACCCUUAUGAAUUUUUAUGAAUCAGAUGUUAUAAAUCAAAACGGUAAUAAAAUGUUGAUAUAUCUUCUUUUCUAUCUGCAUAAAUAUAUGUAUAUAUGUAAAUUAUACCUGCAGCAAAAGUUCAAUUUAAAUUAUAAAUUUAUAAAUGAUUUUGAUUUUAUUGUGAAUGUUAAAAAUCUCUUUUUCCAAGUCUAGUCUUGAAUUUGAGUACAACAUCUAUAUUAUUUGUAUUUACAAAUUUAGUUCGAAUUAUAUUAUAUGCAUUAAAAAAUGCACACACAGGUUUCGAAAUUUACAGCAUCAUGUUAAUUAACACAUGUAUUAAUUUUGAUUUGACCUUUAAAACAGUUGUGAAAAUGAUGUUGGGUGAAUGCACGCGAGGCAACCAUGUGGUAAAACAUGGAGAUUGGAAAAAUGUGUUUAUAAUUAAUUUAUAAUUGUUUAGUGUAUGACUUUUUGUAGUUUGUCCUUAACAAUUACAAAAAGCUGUUAUUUAUUUUUGAACUUUAUUUUUUGCAAGUUCAAUAUAUAUUAAUGAAUAAAUAUUUGAAGGUGAAUGUCUACAUUUUUACAUUAUGUAAUUAUUAUAUUGAUAGUGCUAUUAUAAUAUAAAUCAUUCCAAGUAACGAUUAUAUGGAAGCUUUACUAUCUUAAGAUAAUAUUUUGAUAUCUGAAUGGGAUCAUGGAAAUAUAAAUUGAUUAGAUUGAAACAGGGAUAAAGGGGAGGGAACCCAGCCCUAAUGGAGAUAUGAACUAGAAGCAGUAGAUAAAAGAGGGGGGACCAAGGAGAAAAAAAGCAAUUUAAUGUAGGAAAAAAAACUGUUCUAUGGGUAAAGAUAAAAAUGACCAAACACUGUAGCUUAAAUGUUGGUGUUAGGUUUAAAUGUAAAUUUUUAGUAUUUAUCUCAAAAACACAAAAAUAACUUGCAUUUGGUAUUGUGUGUGCAAUAUUUUGUAUUAUUUACUGUAUAUUACUUGUAUGCAGAUUAUAUUGUGCUAAUAAGAAAUACAAUAAAGA